UUAGCUUCUGAUAGGCUAAGAUUUUUAGCAUAACUUGAACACAAUAGUCUUUUCCAGCAUCAAAUCGUUUAGAAGCAGAAAUUAUCCAAGAGAAACAGCUUCAUUGCUGCUGUUAGCGGAUGUAGCUGUGCGUCAAAUUUACCGACCUACCAGAAACAGAAAUACAAAGGUUCCUGCCAGAAUGCUUUACACAAAAAAAACAAUGAAUUGUGUUAAAAUAUUUAAUGUUUUAAAUCUGAAAUUAAUUAUCGAAUGAACGUUUUAAAAUCCCGCCAUUAGGAGAAAUGUAUUGGAUUUGCUGCAGAUGUACUGUCAUGGUUCUGAUGAAGUUCUGAUGUUUUUGUGGAUCUGAUCAGGUUCUGUUUCUGGUUCUGAUCGGGUUCUGUUGUUUUCCUGAGAUCGGAUCAAUAAUUCAGGAAGCUGCUUUCCUCCCGGCUCCUUCUGGCUCUCAGGGUUUUGGCAUCUUGCCGGCUUUCUGGAGACAGAUGGUGAAACGGCUGGGAAUCAAACACCGACUGUCCUCCUCUUCCUCCUCCUCUUCCUCCUCUGCAUGACAGACAAACGGAUGAAACCUGGAGACGGAUCUUCUGUUGCCAGAUCAGAGUCAGGAGAUGUUUCAGUUCUGGUCCAGGCCCCGUGCCAGCCUAUAGCAUCCCCCCCACCGCCUUCCCAACCUUCACCGUCUCUAUGGCAACGACCACGUUGAUGUUUUGUGUUUCAGCUCCUCUUCCUCCAGGUGGUUUUGUUGGGAGUCACGUGGGCUCGGUUCUGUUGACAGAACCAGUCUGGACCCUCGUUAAGUCCUGAUGAGGGUUCUGGAUCUGGAAUGGUUCUGGUUCUGGUUGUGUUCUCAGGCUGCAGUUCCUCCCCUGCGCCUGCAGCUGGCGCCCCAGGCUGCCGUUCAUCUCGGCUGCUGCCUCCAGCUCAGGUUUUCCUGCUGGUUGUUCCAGGGCCGGAUCUACAGGGGGCAACUGGUGGGGCGAAUUGCCCUCUCUGCCCCCUUGCAGGAGAGCUCAGUUUACCCAAAUCAUGUUUUAUGUCCUUAAAAAUAUGCAAAUCUGUCUAGUUUCAGUGAUGACCUUUGACACCUGACCUGGCCUUUCAACAGAAGCGCCUGCUGAAGUUGAUGGACCGUUGCAGUUUGAUACCUCUGAUUCCCAACUGAGAGUCUCACGUUUGGUUUGGUAUCCAUUAGCAUAUUUCGCUAGUUAGAUUUUCUAAGAAUAAACUCAAGAACAGUUCAUGAAAAGCUAAAAUAUAAGAAAUGUUUCCAACUCCAGCUGAUCCUCACAUAUUGAAGUAGCAUUGAAGCCAGCAACAGUUCGAAAGAUGGAAGACUAUUAUCAUCAUUAUGGUUAUGAUUAUCAUUAUUAUAGUUAUGCCCGCUGCUGAAGUACAAGACUCUAAACAUAUUUUAUUUACAACGACGAGCUGACAGUAAAAAGUUUACAAUAAAUAUUGUUUGAUAUUACUUAACAUAAGCCUAAAAACGUAAAUACAGUAAGAAAAGUUAUUAUUUUUCAAGUAGAGUUACUGUUUACCCACCAGUAAACGGUAACACGGUUCCAGGUUUAUUUCCGGUUGUAUUCAAGGAAAUAUCGAUAACUACCUGACAUAGCCUGCUCUGGGAUCGAUUGGUAAUACCUCCAUCCUCCACCAGGGGGCUCAGGCUGAACCCAGAGGAACCUGCAGCAGGAACGGGUUCUACUCAGCACUAUGGACCUGAACCAAGACGGGAUCUGCUGUUUUUGAUUCUGAUGGUUCAGGUUCUGGUUAGAAAUCAGGUCAAGUUCUGAGGAUUCACUGGGCCUUCAGCUCACUGAGUUCUGAUUGAUUCUGAUCACCAGUCCAAUCAGAGCAAAGCUGAGCUGCUGAGGUGUAUUCGUUUGGACCAAUCAGAGCACAGAGUGUGUUCUGGUGCUGGUUCCUCAGAACCCGCAGGCUGCUUUGGAUCAGAACCAGUGGAGGCGUUCUUGAUCCACAGCACGGCCUGGUUAUGGUUCCAGACAAGUGAAGGUUCCGGUUCGGUUGGCCCACAUGGUUCUGUCCAGAUGGGUUCUGAUAAAAAUGUGGGUCGGGUCGUUCAACUUCUCACCUGGACAGUCGAGGAACAAGCUCCGCCCCCUAAACACCUGAUGGUGCUGAGCCCACCACCACCAUCAUCAUCAUCAUCAUCAUCAUCAUCAUCAUGAUGAAAAAGAAGUUUGGUGACUUCAGUAACUUCUUCUGCGGUUCUGACCCGGUUCUCCUCCGGUAUUCCACCUUCUGUUCCUCUCUGCUCCUAAAGGAGGGGGGAGGGCAGUAGUGGCGCUCUCGUGCAAGCGCGCGCGCGCACCCAGCAGCAGUAUACUUGUGAAAGUGCACGCGGAGGAUCGAUGCUGUUAUUUGUGAUCGAUCAGCGGCGCGUGUGAUCAGUCUGUGGCCGCACACGGAGCGACGCAGUCCGGCGGAGGAGCAGCGGAGGAGCCGAUGUUCGGAGCUGGAGGAGUUCGGGACAGUCUCUCGGCUCCCAGGUCGUCCCGCCGCCUCUCCCCGCUCCCGGCAGCGCUUGUCCCGGGAAAGACUCCGUUGCUGCACCGCUCUCUUUCUCCGGAGCGCAGGGGAGCAGCACGCCGGCCGCGGGGCGCACCGCAGAGCGGUCAGGGAUGCCGGCGGGGGGCGCUUCUGGACGCGGUUCUUGGGUUCUGUGAAAUGCAGUUGGGGAGCCGUUUGGAUCUUUGUUCUGUCCGUCGAACCUCCUGAGGUCCUCGCUGCUGCUCUGACUGGACUUGUGUGGUGUCGCUGGAGAUGCGGUUGGAUUGGGGGCGGAAAGUUGUGCGCUCCCCGGCGGAGGGCCUCCACAGGUCCGGCCCGUGACCCGGGGCGGGUCCGAAGUUCAGCUCUGCCCGGAAAUGUGAAGCGAAGCGGGCAGAAGGAGGGCUCCGUUUCCCCCUCACUCACUCUCACACACACACUUUGUUUUUCGCUCUUCACACACACAGACCAACACACACACUGGAGUUACAGUAACACCCACACACACAUUCGUGCGCGCACGCGCGCGGUCGCACACACCUUCCGGAGCUCGGAGCCCAGCGGACAGAUAUGUAUUCUCCGCUAUGUCUGACCCAGGAUGAGUUCCAUCCGUUCAUCGAGGCGCUGCUCCCCCACGUCCGGGCCUUCGCCUACACCUGGUUCAACCUGCAGGCGCGCAAGAGGAAGUACUUCAAGAAGCACGAGAAGCGCAUGUCAAAGGAGGAGGAGCGCGCAGUGAAGGAUGAGCUGCUGGGCGAGAAGCCCGAGGUGAAGCAGAAGUGGGCGUCUCGCCUCCUGGCCAAACUGCGCAAGGACAUCCGGCCCGAGUUCCGGGAGGACUUUGUGCUGACGGUGACGGGCAAGAAGGCGCCGUGCUGCGUGCUGUCCAACCCGGACCAGAAGGGCAAGAUGCGGCGCAUCGACUGUCUGCGGCAGGCCGACAAGGUGUGGCGCCUGGACCUGGUGAUGGUCAUCCUGUUCAAGGGAAUCCCGCUGGAGAGCACGGACGGCGAGCGGCUCGUCAAGGCGCCGCAGUGCGCCAACCCCGGCCUCUGCGUCCAGCCGCACCACAUCGGCGUCUCCGUCAAGGAGCUCGACCUCUACCUGGCCUACUUCGUGCACUCAGAAACCAGCCAAUCAGAAAGCCCCAACCAGGCCAGCGAAUCAGACAUCAAAGAGCAGCCAGAGAACGGUCACCUGGGAUUCCAGGACAGCUUUGUCACACCUGGAGUCUUCACCGUGGCCGAACUUGUCCGAGUCUCCCAGACUCCCAUCGCGGCCGGAACCGGACCCAACUUCUCCCUGGCCGACCUGGACAGCUCCUCCUACUACAGCAUGAGUCCAGGAGCCAUGAGGAGGCCACUGCCCAGCACCUCCUCCUCCAGCUCUGCCAAGAGGAUAAAGUGCAUGGAGGAGGACGUUGACAGUCCGGGCGAGGAGUCCUACUACCAGGGUCCGGGUCGGUCUCCGGGCAACGGUGGCCAGGCCGGCAGCUGGCACGACGUGGAGCCAGCUGGAUAUAAGCUACGCGGCUCUCUAGCUAGCUCGUUCAUCUCUCGACAAGCCAGCCCCCAUGCCCCCCCCUCCAGCCUCCACUUCUCCUCCUCCCCCAUCCUGCAGCAGCCCGCCUCCUACUUCUCCCACCCGGCCAUCCGCUACCACCCACAGGAGACGCUCAAGGAGUUCGUCCAGCUGGUGUGUCCUGACUCCGCCCAGCAGGCCGGACAGGUGGGCCUCCUCAACCCCAGCAGCAGCUCCCAGACGAAGGUCCACAACCCGUUCCUGCCGACGCCCAUGCUGCCCCCCCCGCCGCCCCCCCCCAUGGCCCGGCCCGUCCCGCUGCCCGUCGACACCAAGCCCCCCCCCACCUCGUCCACAGAAGGGGGCAGCAACUCCCCAUCUUCCCCCACGUACUCCACCCCCACCACAUCUCCAGCCCAGCGGUUCGUCAGCGUUGGCCCUCGAGACCCCGGCUUCAAUAUCCCUCAGCAGCCGCAGUGGUACCUGGGAUAAGGACUCCGGAGGCGCAGACACCCUCUACGGCCAGCCAAUGCAGCCUGUCCUCCAACACCAGCUGUCCCUGGUCAACCCCGUCAUCGGUCCUGCAGAUCCCGGCUCCACCGUCAAUGACUCAGCAUCGGCAUGGCUAAAGCAGAUUAAGCGCUCCCAUGCUGCGAAUCGUUCGUCCCAGAAUUCCUUGCAGACUCUUGGAUCGUAUAUCUGUAGUGCUGGAUCUGAGUCCUGAACCUUUUUCCCUGAAUCCCUGACCUAUGGGGCAAUGGGGGAAGCGACUUGUUCUGGGAAUGUCGUCAGACUGCGUCCCAGAUAUUUCUCUGUGGAGGACGUACCUAUCCAUCACUUUGUGCCGUGUGAACUUACAGUGGUUUGAAGCCCUCCAGGCUGCCACCACCCCUUCCUCCGUAUGGAUCCCUGCAGCCGGGGGCUAGUGGGGCAGGCAGGGGACCGCCUGGCUCCGAGACACCAGCUGAAACAAACCUGGGACGGACACUGCCUCCUUCCCUAGAUCUCUUCAGGACUUGGAUGGUAGCAUGAAGGGAAGAGCUGAGCUGGGGGCGGAGCAGCAUCAACUAACCGUGGGGGCUCUGGGUGGGGCGUCCUGAAGGUGGUCUGGAUUUGCUGCUAUGCUUCACCAGGCGCUUGUUUCUCUGGAGGCUUCAUGGCUCAUUGGUUUCUCUCUUUUAGCCUCCAUUCUCUCCUUCCAUCCAUCCACCUGUCCAGGUGAAGAGGCAGCGUACGCAGGGCGGGCCGAACCCCCGGGGGACCUGAGCCACUCUGCCAGUCAGGGGAGAGCCCCGCCUCUCAAACUUAACAGUGAAAUCAUGAGGAAAAGUGCAAUUUUGUUGACUAGUUGUUGGAUUAUUAAAUAUAUCUAAAUCUAUAUUUUUCUUGUAGUCCGCUCAGACCUGGGACUCUAAAACACUGGGCGACAAACCGACACGCAGCCUUGGGAACACCAACCCAGUGAGAAACCACCAAACCGCGUCGUUCUUUGAUGAUCUGGUAGUUUGAUAUGAGAACGUCUGAAUCAGAGAUCAGUUUCUGAGCAAAGGACUGAUGUUCAUUCAGCUCAAAUAGAAACGAAUAACGAUUCCUUUAUUUAACAUUUAUUCUACGUCAGGGAAACAAAAUGUCUCCUGAGGCCAAAUCACAACAAUUUAAGCUUGAAACAAAUCAGUUUGGCAAGAUAAUCUGCCUGGCAACGGGCUGCCAUGUGAUUGGCUGGAUCUUCCAGAGGCUCCAUCCAAUCACAAGCACUUCUUCCUCCAGUUGGCCAAUAGGCUGUGAGUAUGUAAUCAGGGGGCGUGGUUUAUUUAUGAAGACUUUAACUCUUCUUCAGUUUGGUUUUCCUUUCUUAUUCUAUAAAUAUCUAUAGACACACACAGACACACCCAACGUUAACAUGAGUUUAAGUGAAAAAGUCAUAAAAAAGAAGUAAAAAAAAUCUGCAUGUGUUCGUAUUUGUGGCCGUUUUCUCCAUAGAUGAUGUAGUUAGUGAUAAACGGACGAUAUCCUGUAAAACUUCCCAACAUGAGGCACUUCCCGUUGGGUCUUCACUUCCCUUCAGCUCUCGGUUCUUUUCCUCUCAUGUUUUCCUGGCAGCAACAGAACCGGUCCGCUCUUCAAAUCCAAAACGUUCCUUUGUCUGUUCUGUAUCUAAAUUAGCCGGUCCUGGUCUCUGUGCCACAAACCCGUCCAACCUGUGGUCAAACCAGCAUCAAGGUGGCGUGGCCUGCAGGUGGCGCUGUAGGCUGAUUAAUUUUGGUUUUAUUAGGAGGAAGUUGUAAAGAAAUCGUUUUGGAGGCGUUAGGGGAAAGUUCAGAAUUUCUCCUCCAUGUUUGAGGCUGGAUCUCCUGAUGGCUGCAGUUGGAAACGUUCGCUGGACGUUUUCCACCAAAGCAGCUCCAGGGCCAAACCACAAGCUGCUCUACAGCCCAUAAUUAUUCAUACCCCUGGCAGCCUUACCUAUAAUUUGUUUCUGAUGGGAAAUAAAGCUCUUUCUAUAUAACAAACAUAUCUCUAUUAUAAGACAUAAAAAAUCUGCUUUAUUUAUAUUAGAAUAAUAAUCUGCAUCAAUUAUCAAUUAAAACAAUUUCACCCCCUGAUGAAUGAGUGAAAUUUACUAGCUUCAUGCCUGUCUUGUAUAGGUAGCAAAACGUUGUUUGAUACUUAUUCUUCUCAUAUUAAGCUUGAUUUUAGAUGUGCUCUGAUGCCACCCAGUGGUCGGAGUGUGAACUUCAUGUUCAUGGAAGCGGAAUUGUGCAAUAGGCCGAUAAACUGUUAAGAAUCUGAAUCCUCAGCUAGGUUGUGCAAUAAAAACAUAUUUUUAGACUAACUAAUGUUUUCUAUACAUGAUAUAUUAAAACAGACCACGCAUGAUUAAAAUUCUAGAAUUUAUUUCUAAUUUGUGUUUGAAGUUUUUUAGUGACACUUGGCAACUAAUGAAUGAAAAUGAACCUUUAUAUAAAAUUUAGAUAUAUUUGUGAAAAAAGUAAAUAGUAUUAUUAUUAUUAUAUAUAAAUAUUAAUUAAUAAAUAAUUAUUUUCACACGUAAAUACCCUAAUAUAAUAUCUGUUUUAUCUGGAUUUAGGGAACAAAAACUUCUAGGAUAUUACAGUAGAGACAUUUUUCAGUAGUUAGCUCUAUUUGAAACACUGCAGGAUGAAAACAAAUGGUUGUUCAAAAUAUCUGCUGGAAAUCAGCUUGUGAAACAGAUUUCAUGUGACUGCUGUGAAGGAAUUUUACAGUAUUUAAAACACUAUGAUGAUGAAAAGCCAGUGAUUGUUCAAAAAGAAAAAUUUGACUCAAUUUUAAUCUUUUUUGAGCAAAAACAUUCUCUAUGAAAUUAUUACUCUAGUAAGACUGAACAAUCUGUUUCAUUCCUUAACUGCCUGGUGUCGCUAAUUAGCAUCCCAGCUAAAUUUACACUAAUGGUGACUGAAAUGCUCAAAUUUAUAAUGUCUAAGUUUUUGUGCAUUCAGGGGUUGUUAGCUUGUGGGUGGAGCAGCUUGUUGGUCCUCCACUGUUCAGAUGAGAAUAAAUUGAGUUAUAAACCGCAUUCUGAUUGGUUGCUGGAUGUUCUGGUUCUGGAGCAGAGACAGAACCAGCUUAGCGGAGCCCAGCCAUCCAAAUCCAUCUGCAGGUCAGCUUUAGAACUCCUGAGUCUCCCUGUUGUUACCACAGGGCUCCAGUAGGGGGCAGAGCAGCAGAAACGGCGUCCGUGCUGCUGUUUGCUGCUCAUUUGACUGAAUCCGGACCUUCUGGUCGACCACUUCAUGAUGUUCUCCGUCUUUCCAGGGAAUUUUCCGUCUGUUGCUGUAAAAAGGUUUUACGUCUUCCCGUUUGUCUCCCUGAUUGUUCCCAGAUCCGAGUAUCGGAUGUAAAUUAUGCAAUAUCUGCUUGCACUCUGAGACGUCUUUUUAUGGUUAGUUUUCCUUCCUUCAGACCGAAGCUGGACCCAAUGGGGCCGCUCUGGUGGCUCUGGUCCAAUGAGCCAGGCUGCUGUCUCAUGAACCCGACCUUAAACAAAUCCAAGCUGUUGUCCAUCAGAGUGCGGACGGUUCUGUGAAACGGAUCUGUCCGGUUCUGUUGGGUAGAGGGUCAGUUCUGUUCCUGCCUUCCCUUUGGUUGUGAGUUGGGCAUUAACUAUCUGCACUAAAUAUGAGAUGAUGAAGAAAGAAAAGCAGCUUCUAGGUCGAAUCAAUUGAAGGGAAUAAAAUUAGAAAAUUGCACUGACAUUUUUUAGUGUCAUAAAAUCUGAUCAGUUGGUUUGAAUCCGACUCCGGCUGAGCGUUCGAGACGUUUUUGAGGAAAUGCGUGAGAGCAGUAGUGUGGGCAACGAGUUUGUUCAUUUAUUUGGUUCUGCAUUGAAGGCAGAGGGAGCGCCUCCUACUGGCUGGAGGCCUGACAGUGCUGUAUAGUUUAUUGAUUUUAAAGCUGCCCUAUUUUCUAAUGCAGGACUUUUUUUAACAAUGACUAAGUGAGGAAACUGUGGUGUUGUGAAUUUUCUGACUGUUUCUACGGAGGUUUGUUUUUUUCCUGGAAACUGGAUCUAAGUUGAAAACUUUCCCGUUUCCUCCGUUUUUCUUGGGUUUUCUUUUUUAUGUAUUUAUGAACAUUUCCUAUGUUGACGCUCUUCUGCAGCCCAGGGUGACCCGCACCCCCAUUGUAAAUGGAUGUUACAGUUUCUGUAUGUUCAGUGUUGAUGAAGCUGAAUUUAGUCCUUCUGAGGGAAAACAAAAUUUUUCUGCGUUUGAAGGAAUUUAGUUGUGAGGCAGGAGACACAGCCGGCCAAACUAUUCCAGACUAGAAAUGCAUUCAGGCAUCUUUUUUUCUGUUCACCAUUCCAUGCAGAACAAUAAACAGCUUGAUUAUGCAACAUGA